AUGCCAGACGGAGACUCGACCAUGAUGGACCAAUGGAUUCUGCACCUGUUUGAUGCAGCGUUCCUUCUGGUAUGUUAUGGGCUCUACAAGACCUUUCAAAGUAUGGACGCACCCUACGACAGACAAAAGAAGGACGACGAUGCCGCCCCCCCCGAACUCAUCGACGAUUCUGUUGUCUCGUGUGCGAGCACUCUUUCCUGUGGAGUCUACCAGAAGAAAAAACAGGGCAAGAGCAAACAACAACAACAAAAUAGUAGUGAUGACAACAACAGCAGUGGUUCUUGUGAGCAGUGCCCCAUUUGCCUCGAUGACUUUCAAGAUGGCGUCUGUAAGGUCUGUUGUUGCAAGGCAUGUCGAACGGGCUUUCAUCACCAUUGCAUGAAUCGUCACUUGAGAGCCAUGGCAAACUCCUCGGCCGCUUGCCCGUGCUGUCGGACCAUUCUUCUCCACGAACGAAAUCCUCACAGACGGUAUUCGGCUCGAGAUCUAGGUCUGCCAGAGACUAUUACCGACUUUAUCGAGUGCAUGGCCGUGCACGGAUGUCAAGUCAAUGCCUAG